AUGUUGGAAAAACCAAGGCUCGGCGAUGGAGCCGAGACAGAAAAGGGCUGCAGGCGCCCUCUCUGGAUGCAGCAGCACACCAAGGCCAUCAUCGCCCUCGCCGCCACCACCGUCCUCAUCGUCAUCGGCCUUGCCAUCGGUCUCGGUGUCGGCCUGACGCGAGGACGCGGCGGCGGCGACGAUGAAGGCUCCGACGGCGGCAUUGCGCCCAACCGCACCAGCGUGUGGAAGCCCGGCGUGGGCGAGCCGUGGCAGAUUGUGCUCAAAAAGGCCGUCGAGGCCGAUGGCUCGCCCAAGUCGGCCGCCGCCGCCGUCAUGCCGCCCGACGUCAAGAUCCUCGACAUUGACGUCUUUGACAAUGACGCUAACACUGUCGCUGCGCUGCGGGCUGCGGGUGUCAAGGUUGUGUGCUACUUCAGUGCCGGGUCGCGUGAGGACUGGCGCGAUGACAAGGACCGCUUUGCCGACGCGGACCUUGGUAAGGGCCUCGACGGCUGGAAAGGCGAGCGCUGGGUCAACGUGUCGAGUCCGGGUGUGAGGGAUAUCAUGAAGGAUCGCAUCAAAGUUGCCGCCAACAAGGGCUGCGAUGCGAUUGACCCGGAUAACGUGGACGGCUACCAAAACGACAACGGCCUCAACCUCACCGCCCAGGGCGCCGCCGACUUUGUGCGCUUCCUCUCGCGCGAGGCCGCCUCGUACAACAUGUCGACGGGUCUCAAAAACGCCGCCUCCAUCAUCGACGACGUGCUCGACGCCGUCGCCUUCUCCGUCAACGAGCAGUGCGUGCAGUAUGGCGAGUGCGCAACGUUCGCCCCCUUUAUCAAGGCAGGCAAGCCCGUCUUCCACAUCGAGUACCCCAAAGACGCCACAAAGGCAGAGGGCGACAUUUGCUCCCGCGCCGGCAAGGCCGCCGACUCGGACGGCUUCAGCACCGUCAUCAAGAAGAUGGAUUUGGAUGGCUGGGUUGAGUACUGCGGCGGUAGCACGUUUACCACAAAGACCAGCAGCUGA